AUGAAGGAAGUAGUUAAGACGGAAGUCUUGAAACUUCUUGAUUCUGGAAUAAUCUAUUCUGUUGCUGACAUUAAAUGGGUUAGCCCAACUCAGGUUGUUCCCAAGAAAUUAGGAGUAACAGUGGAACAAAAUGAAAAAGGAGAACUUGUGCCUACCAAGCAUAUGCCAUUUGGCCUGUGCAAUGCUCCAACCACUUUCCAACUCUACAUGAUGAGCAUAUUUAGAAAUAUGAUCAAGAAAUGUAUGGAAGUAUUCAUGGAUGAUAUGACAUUCUUUGGAGAUUCCAUUAAAUCAAGCCUUCUCAGUUUAGAGUCUGUGCUUAAACGAUGCAAAAGAAAGGCUUGGUACUCAACUGGGAAAAAUGUCAUUUCAUGGUGUCAUAUGGCAUAG